AUGUCUCAAUUAUCACUUGUUGCCUCAGCGAUUUCGUCUAUAAUUAAAUGUCCCGUAAAAACGUAUGAUGAAUGCAAAGCUGAUGGUUUAAAAAUUGAUCCCGCUCAAAUCUUAGAUCUUGAUACUAUUUAUAAAAAAUCUUUAAUACGAAUUAAAAUCAAAGAUAUUGAUCCUCCUAAAGAUGUAACUUUUUCUGAUAAUAACAAACUAAUUCAAAUUUUCGUCAAACCUUUCGAAUCUCUCGCUGGGAAUAGUCAAUCAAUGUUUGUUGAUACAAGUAUCACCGUUCUUGAGUUUAAAAACGUCAUUUGUGCAAAGUUUGGAACAGUUAUUAAGAUGAUACGUCUUAUAUUUAAUGGUAAACAACUGAAUGACGAUAAAACUCUAACAUCUUACAAUAUUCAGAAAGGUUGUACAAUACAAGUCUUGUCUAAAGUCGUUGGAGGC